CGCCGCGUUUCCGCCCGACCCGCGCCGGGGACGCCCGCCCUGCGCGCCCGCCCUGCGCCUGCGCGCGGCUCGCCGCGGUCUUCCCUGCGCAGGCGCAGAGCGGUGGCGGCGCCUCGGGUCCGCUCCGGGGCGAGUCUGGCGUCCCUCAGAGGCAGAAGAGGCCUGGACCUCGGCGCGGGCAGACCCAGGAACAGAUGAGCAGGGAUGUCUGCAUCCACACCUGGCCGUGUACCUACUACCUGGAGCCAGAGAGGCGAUGGGUUACUGGCCAGCUGUCCUUGACGUCGCUGUCACUCAGGUUCGUAACUGACAGCACCGGCGAGACUCUGGUCAGCUUCCCCCUCUCCAGCAUAGUCGAGAUCAAGAAGGAGGCCUCCCAUUUUAUCUUCAGCUCCAUCACCGUUCUGGAGAAGGGCCAUGCCAAGCACUGGUUCAGCUCCCUGCGGCCGAGUCGAAAUGUGGUCUUCAGCAUCAUCGAGCAUUUCUGGAGGGAGCUGCUGCUGUCUCAGCCUGUGGCAGACGCGUCUGCCCCAGGGACCCGGGGCAAGGAGCUGACGGGACUCAUGGCCGGAUCUCAGAAGCGCCUGGAGGACACAGCAAGGGUCCUGCACCACCAGGGCCAGCAGCUGGAUGGCGUCAUGAGAGGCCUGGACAAGAUGGAGUCAGACCUGGAGGUGGCAGACAGAUUGUUGACAGAACUGGAAUCUCCUGCUUGGUGGCCCUUUAGCUCCAAGCUUUGGAAGACACCAUCAGAAGCAAAGCCCAGGGAAGGUGUCUCUGUGAAACCAAGUUGUGAACCCUCUGGGAAAGAAGGGGUGCUGAUCCAAAUUCCUGCCAUCAUUUCCCACAGAACAGAGUCUCACGUUAAGCCAGGGAGGCUCACUGUCCUCGUGUCUGGGUUGGAAAUCCAUGAUUCCAGUUCUUUGCUCAUGCACAGAUUUGAAAGAGAAGAUGUGGACGACAUCAAGGUCCACUCACCUUACGAAAUCAGCAUCCGCCAGCGGUUUAUUGGAAAGCCAGACCUGGCCUAUCGUUUGCUAUCCGCCAAGAUGCCGGACGCCAUCCCCGUUUUAGAAGUGCAGUUCAGUAAGAAGAUGGAGCUGUCGGAAGAGGCCUUGGUGCUCAGAAGCGUGAGAAGCUCUUCCCCAGCAGAGAAGAGCCGCUCCGUCUGGCGUGCAGCAUCUGGGCUGAUGGGCCGCGCCCUGCACCGUGAGCCACCCGCGGGAGACCGGGAGGGCCCGGCCCUGCACCUGCAGAUGAGCCCGCCGGCCCUGUCCGAGGCAGAGACCCAGGAACUAACCCAGAUCCUGAGGAGGAUGAAGGGGCUGGCCCUGGAGGCCGAGAGCGAGCUGGAGAGACAGGAUGAAGCCCUGGAUGGUGUCACGGCGGCCGUGGACAGGGCAACCUUGACCAUCGACAAGCACAACAGGCGGAUGAAGAGGCUGACCUAGGGGCACACGUCCCCCUGAGAUGAUGGGCUGGGAGGCGGUGCCGGGGCUGCAGAGGCCUGUGGCCUCCCCCCCGGAUGGGGCUGCUGCCGUGGAGCCGCCUCCGCACCAGGGGUGCGCCGUGCCUGCCCCCUACGCGCUUCUCCCUGAUGGCGGGCAGGACCCGGCUGCAUGUUCUGCAGAUGGCGCAGGACAGUGGACAUGGCAGGGCCCUAGGGACACUGGGCACAGGCCUGGAAGAGGCCAGCAAGCCGCCCUUCUCAUCUCAGCUCCCUUCCGUGGACGGACCGGCCUUCCUAGCUGUGCUAUGACUUUGUGAGUGAAGUUAGAGCCAGCUCACCUGAGGGCAUCCUCUAACACCCAACUGUUCUUUUAUCGUCUCUGUUUUAGCCAGAAGUGAAAACAGCAUGACUGCACCUUUCGGCCCCAUUUCCAUCCAGAAAUAAAGCGAAAUGCUGGCUU